AUGUCUAGGAAGUGGUUUAGAGCCUUGCCUUUGAGGGUAGAUGGUAGACAGCUAUUUGUAGACUUGAUUGAGCUAGAUAUGUUUGACUUUGACAUAAUCCUUGGAAUGGAUUGGCUGGCAAAGUACAAUGCUAUCAUCGAUUGCAAGAAGAACAUGGUGGUGUUUAAGAUUGAUGGAGAUGAGCCUUUUGCAUUCGUGGGGACAGUGACAGGACUACGAAUUCCAAUCAUUUCAGCAUUAGAAGCUGGGAAGAUGUUACAGCAUGGAUGCAUGGGAUUCUUGGCUAGUGGGGUUAAUAAAGCAGAAACGGGGACGCAGAGACCGGAAGACACAAGGAUAGUAUGUGAUUACUUGGAUGUGUUUUUGGAAGACUUACCAGGAUUGCCACCACAACGAGAAAUUGAGUUCACGAUCGAGCUAGCACUAGAAACAACGCCAAUCUCGAAAGCACCAUAUAGAAUGGCGCCCGCUGAAUUGAAGGAGUUAAUGGUUCAGCUGCAAGAACUACUUGACCUAGGUUUUGUUAGGCCAAGUUACUCACCAUGGGGAGCACUGAUGUUAUUCGUAAAGAAGAAGGAUGGAUCAAUGCAGAUGUGCAUAGAUUAUAGGGAACUUAACAAGGAGUUAAACAUGAGGCAACGACGGUGGUUAGAAUUAGUCAAGGACUAUGACUGUGACAUAUUGUAUCAUCCGGGGAAGGUGAAUGUGGUAGCCGACGCCUUAAGUCGUAAAAGCCAAGGGCAAUUUGUAUCAUCUGCAAAGUUGAUGGAAGAAGUAGAACAGGCAGGUAUAGAGUUGAUUGUAGGGGGGUUAGCAAACUUGACUCUACAUUCAACUUUGUUAGACAAAAUUAUAGAAGGACAGGAUAAGGAUUCGCAAAUACAAAAGUAUAAACAAGGAAUCCAAGAUGGAUGUAGCAAAGAUUUUAUUCGUAGUAACUGUGGAAUAGUGAGAUAUAAGGAACGGAUAUGUGUGCCAGCUGACUUAGAAAUUAAGAAAGAGAUUCUUGAUGAGUGGGAAGAGAUUGCUAUGGACUUUGUGGUGGGGUUACCUAAGACCACAAACCAACAUGAUUCAGUCUGGGUGAUCGUUGAUAGAUUCACAAAAUCGGCACACUUUAUACUUGUCAGAACAAUAUUCACAGCAGAACAGUAUGUAGAGAUUUAUGUGCAAGAAAUUGUGAGACUUCAUGGAGUAACAAAGUCAGUCGUUUCGGAUAGAGACCUGAAAUUCACUUGUAAAUUAUGGGAAGGAUUAUAG